CUCCAGCACCACCUACCGUCGACCGAGCUUCAAGGCAACCUAAUCCCAUGGCCCUUCGCGCAAUGGGGAAUGGAUCUUUUGGGCCCCUUCCCCACGGCAAAAGGAAAGCGCAAAUACAUAAUCGUGGCGGUGGGCUAUUUCACCAAGUGGAUUGAAGCGGAAGCUCUAGCCUUGAUAAUCGCGCAACAGGUGACUCGCUUCCUAAAAAAAAAUAUCCUCGCGCGAUUCGGUGUUCCGAACGCGCUCGUAUUUGACCAUGGAAAGCAGUUCGACUGCGCGGAGGUAAUAGACUUUUGCGACAAAGUGGGAGCCAUCGCAAGAUUCGCGUCGGUGGCCUACCCUCAAGCCAACGGCCAAGCGGAGUCGGCAAAUAAGGCAAUUUUACACGGCUUACACACCCGCCUUGAUGAGGCGAAUGGAAAGUGGGCGGACGAGCUUCACAUAGUGCUAUGGGCGCACCGCAUCACAUUCAAAGUGGCGACAGACGAAACCCCCUUCGCCCUAACAUAUGGCAUAGACGCGAUGAUCCCCAUCGAGACGACCACACCCACCUACCACAUCACGAUGUAUGAUGAGGAGAGCAAUAACCAAGCACAGCUGCUAGAUUUAGAGCUGGCGCAAGAACGACGAGAAUUGGCAGCCAUAAGGCUAGCCGCCACUAAAGAGUAAGUAGCUAAGUACUACAAUGCAAAGCUAGUUCCACAUGGGAAACUCGCCUCAACGUGGGAAGGCCCUUACCUAGUCCGCGAGGUUAUCGGCGCCAACACUUUCAAGCUCAGCGAGUUGGGGGGCACAAAAAUUCCAAGGACGUGGAAUGCGCAAAAUCUCAGAAAAUACUGCCGCUCCACUUAAUAUGUACCUUGUCCACAACAGCGCCUUUUUGCGCGAAGAAAUAAAAUGUCAAGUUCGACAGAACAUGUUUAGCAAUAAUCAUGAAUUAUUCGC